AUGUUUCUAGUUAAAGACAGCAUAAAGGAAGUAUUAAGACAUUCUGGUUAUAAAACCGGUUUAACACAUUUCACCAUUACUGUUGUUAAAACACAAGAUACUGCAAGAAUAAUAAAUUUAUUCUUAACAGCUGCCAGAUUAUAG